AUGGGCUUCGUUGAGGAAAUCGAACCGAUGGAAGUCGAUGAAGAUCGAUUGUUGACGAAAUCACCUUUGGAAUCACUCUUUAUCACCACUAGGAACUUUUCAUUUCCAAAAGACUUCCUCUUGGAUGAAGCCUUUGAAAACCUCAAAAAUAUUGUAAUCAGUGUAAGAGAUGUCUGGGUUACUGACACAGAGUACUUUAAGAUGAUCAAACGUAUCAAGAAGCAUCCUUCAAUGAUCAGUUUCGCACUUAUUAGUGACAUCAGUAUAUUCAGAGACGAUAAGAAAAUCGACGGAUGGUUCGAUAUACUCUCACAAUGUUCUAGAAUAGAAAGAGUUAGAUUACGAUGGGAUAUUAGUUUUAGAUUUAGAAAUAUGAUAAAGUUAUUUUCAAGCAAUAAUAGUAAAUUAAGAUUAAUAUCAUUCGAAUUUAUAAAGACAUUGGAUAUAAAUGAUAAUGAUGAGAAAGAAAUGGAGGAAUUUAUCACAUCAAAUAGUUCGAUUGGACUUGCGCAUACUAAUAAAAUCCCAAGAGACAGAAUACCAACCUACACAUUAAUUAAAGCCCAAAGAACACUCUGUAUAUUGUAUGAAUAA